CUCCCUUAAGCGAAGUGCGCAGGCUCCGCCCGCCUUCGGGCUCAGAUUACGCCAAGCCGGCUACGUCGCGUGCCUUAGAGGUUCCUGAGGGGCCGCCAGGCCUUGUCCUACCUCAGUGGCCGAGGCGCCGCCGUCCACUCGGAAACUGGGCGCUGCAGCCGCGGUCCUGACCGCCGUGUUUGGCCAGAAUCCCGAGAGUGCCCAGAGAGAGUGAGACCCCUCGCCCGGCCCGGCCAGCCCGGGGCGUGAACCGAGCUGAGGGAGGAUGGCAUCCUCCGGGGUGGAGAAGAGCAGCAAGAAGAAGACAGAAAAGAAACUUGCUGCUCGAGAAGAAGCUAAACUGUUGGCGGGGUUCAUGGGCGUCAUGAAUAACAUGCGGAAACAGAAAACAUUGUGUGAUGUGAUCCUCAUGGUCCAGGAAAGAAAGAUACCUGCUCAUCGUGUUGUUCUUGCUGCAGCUAGUCAUUUUUUUAACUUAAUGUUCACAACUAACAUGCUUGAAUCAAAGUCUUUUGAAGUAGAACUCAAAGAUGCUGAACCUGACAUUAUUGAACAACUUGUGGAAUUUGCUUAUACUGCUAGAAUUUCCGUGAAUAGCAACAAUGUUCAGUCUUUGUUAGAUGCAGCAAACCAGUAUCAGAUUGAACCUGUGAAGAAAAUGUGUGUUGAUUUUUUGAAAGAACAAGUUGAUGCUUCAAACUGUCUUGGUAUAAGUGUGCUAGCAGAGUGUCUGGACUGUCCUGAAUUGAAAGCAACUGCAGAUGACUUUAUUCAUCAGCAUUUUACUGAAGUUUACAAAACUGAUGAAUUUCUACAACUUGAUGUCAAGCGAGUGACACAUCUUCUCAACCAGGACACUCUGACUGUGAGAGCAGAAGAUCAGGUUUAUGAUGCUGCAGUCAGGUGGUUGAAAUACGAUGAACCUAAUCGCCAGCCAUUUAUGGUUGAUAUCCUUGCUAAAGUCAGGUUUCCUCUUAUAUCAAAGAAUUUCUUAAGUAAAACGGUACAAGCUGAACCACUUAUUCAAGACAAUCCUGAGUGCCUUAAGAUGGUGAUAAGUGGAAUGAGGUACCAUCUACUGUCUCCAGAGGAUAGAGAAGAACUUGUAGAUGGCACAAGGCCUAGAAGAAAGAAACAUGACUACCGCAUAGCCCUAUUUGGAGGCUCCCAACCACAGUCUUGUAGAUAUUUCAACCCAAAGGAUUAUAGCUGGACAGACAUCCGCUGCCCCUUUGAAAAGCGAAGAGAUGCAGCAUGUGUGUUUUGGGACAAUGUAGUAUACAUUUUGGGUGGCUCUCAGCUUUUCCCCAUAAAACGAAUGGACUGCUAUAAUGUAGUGAAGGAUAGCUGGUAUUCCAAACUGGGCCCUCCAACACCUCGAGACAGCCUUGCUGCUUGUGCUGCAGAAGGCAAAAUUUAUACAUCUGGAGGUUCAGAAGUAGGAAACUCAGCUCUGUAUUUAUUUGAGUGCUACGAUACCAGAACUGAAAGUUGGCACACAAAGCCUAGCAUGCUGACUCAGCGCUGCAGCCACGGGAUGGUGGAAGCCAAUGGCUUGAUCUAUGUUUGUGGUGGAAGUUUAGGGAACAAUGUUUCUGGGAGAGUGCUUAAUUCCUGUGAAGUUUAUGAUCCUGCCACAGAAACAUGGACUGAGCUGUGUCCAAUGAUUGAGGCCAGGAAGAAUCAUGGGCUGGUAUUUGUAAAAGACAAGAUAUUUGCUGUGGGUGGUCAAAAUGGUUUGGGUGGUCUGGACAAUGUGGAAUAUUACGAUAUUAAAUUGAAUGAAUGGAAGAUGGUGUCACCAAUGCCAUGGAAGGGUGUCACAGUGAAGUGUGCAGCAGUUGGUUCUAUAGUUUAUGUCUUGGCUGGUUUUCAAGGUGUGGGUCGAUUAGGACACAUUCUCGAGUAUAAUACUGAAACAGACAAAUGGGUCGCCAAUUCCAAAGUCCGUGCUUUUCCAGUCACAAGUUGUUUAAUUUGUGUUGUUGAUACUUGUGGAGCAAAUGAAGAGACCCUUGAAACAUGAAAAAUGAGUGGACUUUAAGACUCAUUAGACUCAAAAAAAAAAAUAUGGCCACCAGUGCUUUGUUCCAAGAGUUUGGUUACAAAGUUUUGGUUUGGUGUUUUGUUAAAGAAAGUUUCAAGUGAAGUAAGGUCCCUGUCAAAUGUUUCAUUUAUAUGGAUUUCCUUACUUAAUUCAAAGACCAUAUUUUAGCUGGCCAUAUAACCAAGAACAUAUCUAGCAAGAAAACUUGAAAAAUUAUAGGCAUUUGGUGAAAAUAUGAAUUUCACGUUUGUAACUAUAAUUUUGGCAGAGUGGGGAAUUGGCUCAUCAGUGAAGCAGGCUCAUCUUAGCUCUAGAUUCUAUUUUCAUACAUCACAGAAGUGCUGUGUAGUUAGGUCUGUUUGUUUCUGUUCAAUCAAGAACUAAGAAAUAGUAUGAAUUGUAAGUCAAAAUGGGCAACUCUGAUGGAGCAGCUUAGUCUCACAUAGUUUUGCUUGUCUUCAUUUGUUUCAUUUAGUGCCAAAUGUAUUCCAUUUUAAUAGCAAGCCAGAGUGAGUCAAGGCAUACACACUCCAUAAAACUUUAUAAACAGAUUUUGGGACUUAAUCUGUCCAACUCCUCACGAAAUAUAUUCAGUCAAUUAAAUAUGUUCCAUCUUUUUAACAUGCAAUGUUAAGCUUAGCACCCAUCAUUAACUUAUGUCACUAUUUUACCCAGUGGUUAAAAAAGGAUUCCACUUCUUUAAUCCUCACUCUUACAAAAAAUCCAAUCAUAAGAAUGAUUAACUAGAAAAAUAAAGCUAUUUGUAGCAAAUUUCUAGAUCAUUAGAAAAGCACUGCUAGUUGUACCGCAUUAUCAGGGUUGACUUUGAACUUCUUAUGGAUUAAAAAGAUACAUGACUUCUUUUCUCUUAGCAGAAUAUAUCAGAGAUAUUUAACCCAGUUGUCUCUAAAUAGUUUUGGAGUAAUAUGAGUUAAAUAGAUAUCAUCUUCUAUUCAUUGUUUUUAUGUGGUCAAUAAACCUUUUGCAAACCCAAGUACUCAUUUCUUUCCUAGCAAUGUUUUGCCCUUUUCACUAUGUAUGGAAUGAGCCAUGUAAAGCCGUCACCAUCGAUGUUUUUAUCUGAUGAUAUUAAAUAUUUUUUAACUUAAAA